UUACUAACCUGAACUCAGCAUGAAGUUGUUGCCCUCUCCAUCUUGCUCUUCCUCUUCCUCCUUCUCCACCUCCACUUUUGAUGCUCAUGGCUGCAACCCCAGAGCUGCAUUAGCUACACCGAGCUGUCUUUCGGGAAUUCUCCGCCGAAUUCUCUGCUCCGGUACCCUCCCGACGCACCCGACCGAUCAGAUCACAGACGACACUAGCUCAGUGAAUUCUGAUGAGAAGCUUCUUCAAGUCAAGGAUUUGAAUGUCAAACCCACAUCUGGAAUUGUGGCGAGACUAAUGGGCUUGGAUCCCUUGCCAGAGAUGAAGCAAAAUCAUAAUUCGAUAGCAAGGAGCCAAUCCAUGAACUCUGUGGGGCAUUUCUACAAACACCUGGAAGGCAAACAUCAACGGGUCAGAUCAACACAGUCAUUUCAAGAGAUACCCACCUUUCUUGAGCUUGAAAACGAAGAAUACUUCAUCCUUAGCUUUGAAGGAGAAAUCAAAAGUAAAGAAUUCAGCGCAAAACAAAGAAGCCAAAGGAUCAGAAAGACAAAGAAGAAGAGAUUCGAUCCGGAAGAAGCCAAGCAGUUCAUCCUAAUAGAUUCGAAAGAAAAGAAGAAAUCAACCAGAAAAGUAGAAUCAGAGUGCAGCUCCGAUGAAUUAAGCCCAAUUUCAGUUCUCGACAGUAGUAAAUUCCUCAUAGAUCCCGAAGAAUCAGCGCCAUUGCUUUCAGGAAACGCCGCUUCAAAUUCCCCCAUAUACCCCGAAAGUAAAAUCGCGAAGACGAAAGUGGUUGAAUAUGAGAUCCAGCGGGAAAGAUUCGAAGAAGAGAUUCGUAAGAUAACAGAGAUGGAUUUGGGCGAAUCGAAUUGGAAAUGCAGCGAAAUUUGCGAAGAACAUGAAGAACUUGAAGCUGGAGGUAUAAUUGAAGGUUUUGAUUGGUAUAUUCUUGAAGGAUUGAUAGACGAAUUUGUAGAACAAAUGUAUGAUUGAUCUUCAUCUGAACAUCAAUC